AUGUUUCCAGAUUUUGACGUUUGGGAUUCAAAUUUUCUAAAUAAUUGAAUUUGUUGAUAUGGAGUGUAUUUGAUAUUUGAGGAGUCUUUAAUCUAAAAAUUACAUUAUAAUUGAUAAAAUGAAUCAAAUAUAUUUAGCAGUGCUUGUAUUAUCCCAUUUAACAUUUGUAUUAACCUACAAAGAUAGUUUUACAGAGGAACUGCUUUUGAAACCUCUCUACAGUGAACAAGUAUAUGCACAUUUCCAGUUCUCUAACAAGUGGGACAUUGAUUUGGAAACAGAAACAUUCAAUCAUAGUCGACUAUUCCCAAGAUCCUUAGGAGAGAUAAUCGAACGAUUUAACGUACAAGAACUUCACGUGAGCCUUACCGGAGGCCUGUGGAGAUAUGAAAACUGGGGUUAUCCUGUUACAGAUGCAGCACCCGGCGCAGAGGUGUGGGCUUGGUUCCAUCCGAGUACAAAAGAUGUUAACAAAAACUGGAAACUUUUAGCAAAUUCCCUUUCCGGUUUGCUCUGUGCGUCCCUCAAUUUCAUUGACACAUCAAAUAGCAUCAGCCCGGAGUAUUCCUUCAGGCCCAGAGGUGUCACUGAUUCGCCCAGUGUCAACAAUACGUUCUUAAGGUAUGCUAGUUUGCCCCGUGAAAUCGUCUGCACAGAAAACCUCACCCCCUGGAAGAAACUCUUACCGUGCGACUCCAAAUCCGGGCUUGCCUCUUUGUUGAAUUCUGGAUACAUACACAAUACUCGAUACCACUCCAUUGGGUUGCACUUGAGGAGGAUUUGCAGGGACGAGUCUUGCCAAGCCUUGUCAUUGGACUUGCAGCAGACCGUAUCGUUGGUGUAUGAUUACGGUAUUUUAGGCACUAAGGACUGGUCCCUUUCCAAGCUAUUCGGACAAGGAGUAAACGGAAACUGUGUGUUGGCAGAGAGAAGCGAAGUUUACGUGGACAUGACGAGUGCGGAGUCUCAAAGUUUUGAAUUAGAACCACAACCGCAGGAGGUGAUGAAAUCUACGAGAGGAGGUUACGAAUCAACAUUUGGCAAGUAUAUCAUCCCCAAUAGGUUCUUCAACUUGUACGCCAAAUACCCGGAAAAAGACGUUAUAUCCCUAAAUUCCCCACCCCCUUUGCACGCCAGCCAGUAUCUAACGGGAUACGGUCAGGAAAGGGGAGGUAUCGUAGUGAAGGUUUACAACAAUCACUGGAAUAACUUGGACGUUGUGCUUCUGCAGAACAUUCCCUGGUACGUGCCCGUUUACUUGCACACCCUCAAGGUAGAGUCCAACGGGAGAAUUAUCGAGCCUGUUGCGCUUAGGUACGUCCCUGGCCGGCAGAGGGAACGGCCCUACUACCUGGAGGUCUUAAUCAAAUUACCCCCGCGCUCCGUGACAUCCGUCUCCAUAGACUUCGACUACGUGUUCCUCAAGUGGCAGGAAUACCCUCCAGACGCGAAUCACGGGUUUUAUAUCGGGUCUGCUGUGGUUUCUAGCAUACUACCGCUUGCUCGUAACUACACGGGACUCCCCCAGGAAGGCUCUAAGAUCUCCGAUAGUUUUAAUGCAUCGCGUAGCGGGUACUUUGUGCAAAUUCGAACCGAAAAUAUGGUUGUGACUUUGCCGACGCCUGACUUCAGCAUGCCGUACAACGUUAUUUGCUUGGCUUGCACAGUGGUAGCGCUUGCGUUUGGGCCUCUGCACAAUAUCACGACGAGGCGGCUGGUGCUGAAGCCCAAGAAGAAGGAAUCGCUGCUAGUCAGGUUGAAGAAAUUUUUGACUUCUUUUAAGAAGUAACGUGUUUGAUGUGUGGGAUUUUUUUUAGUGUAUUGUGAGUUUUUCAGAAGCAGAGACUCGCCUUGAGAUGCAAGUUGAUUGUAAACAGAAUUUUUUUUUUCAAUUAUCGAAGUAAUAGAACAUAUUUGAUUAUAUUUUUAACAUUAUUUCAUAAUGAUAUUCAUCGGAUGGACAUUUUAUCAGCUGCUUUUGUAUUCUUUACACAAGUAGAUAUGUUUACAGAAAUGGUGUCAAUUUAUUAAGAUGAGAAAAUUAUAUUCCUUCAGGGAAUGUCAGACCAAUUGUAUAAAACUAUUAAAACACACCGUAGGAAUUCCAGAA